CGGACGUAGUGUAGCAUACGAACCAUUGUUGAUCUUGUAUUGGUAUACCGUAUACUAUGUGCGAAUCGCUUUGCCGGACUUGCAAAGGUUCCUGAGAACUUCAAAGUCUAGAACCUCCUAUGACAACUACAGGGAAUAGCCUAUUCGCGGUGAGAAUGUCUUAAUCUUUUUUGAUAAUGAAGGUGGUGAAGUUGCCGCAGAAGAUAGGUAGCACGUGCUUGUGAUCAACUACCUGUUCUCACGGCCGUGACUGCGAGAACGCGAAAUGAGGGGCUCGUCUGACGUGGACAGAUGUGAAAAUUAGGAGAACGUGAUGGAAAGGAAUUGGAACGAUCCGUAAGAUUGUGUGAUUUGAGUAUGUUGGAUAGUCUUUGGUUGCUGUGACCGUGAAGUCUCCAGGUUCUCUCUUAUUGUCCUCUACCCAGCUAAGCACUAAAACGACACAUCGCUUCUGCUGUAUCUACCUAGCAAUUUGAUACCGUUGUGGAUAUUUGCAUUACUAUCGUUUAUCAUGUCUUUUUACGAGAAAUUCAAGGCCGUUACUAGAGGUUGGACUAUUACUUCCAACUAUAGUCGUCUCAGCGAGGAGACGCUGCUAUCUUCCCCGGACUGCGAGAAGCAAAAUAUCGAAUCCAUCCCACACAGUAAAAAGAGAAGCUUCCUAGGCGCAAUAUGGGCUGUGUUGUUCGUGAUUUGGACAAUUGCUGUUUUCUUAGUAGCAUCGCGUUUUCAUGGUCGCGCUGCGUGUAUUCGCGAAACGACAACUUGGUCACCGGCAAUUGAUGUCGUCCGAUAUAAAGAUGUUAUCAUUGAAGGUGACUUCCUGAAAAAAUCACCGUACCGCGGUGCUGGAGAGAGUGUUGAUAGAGCGUGGGAUGAACUAUGGAUGGUUGGCGGAGUACCUAUUCGCAUCGACGACAGCGAGCUGGCUAUUCUAAACAAAAGCGCCGAACGGCCCUGGACCCGUAUCCCGGAAUCUCGAGGUGGAGGUAUUGCGGGCUAUCCCGAAGUCUUUCAUCAGCUACACUGCCUGAAUAUGCUUCGCAUGGCGAGCUAUCCUGAGCUCUACGCCACUCACAGUCUUUUCGCGGACCAUCCGCCAGAUACUACACGAUCUCAUAUCGACCACUGCAUUGAAAUUAUAAGGAUGCAACUCCAAUGUUCAGCAGAAAUGACGCCUGUUCUAACGGAGGACAUCCCAGGACGUAAGUUCCCGGCAGCGGACUUCAGAGUAACCCACAGGUGCAAGAACUUCGACGAGUUGUUCACAUGGACGAAAGAAAAUAUUUUGCAUGGCGCGGGGAACUGGGAUAUUCCAAGGUUUGGAGAUCAUUAGGUACCUCCUACGUAAAACAUUAGGAUACCUCUCAGAAUAGAUUGAAACUUCUAUAUGC